AUCUCUAUUAUGGCCAGAAAAAGGUAGGAACUUAAACACUGAAAGGGGCCCACCCACUCUUUCACAUUCUUAUUCAACAAAUAAUUAAAAAAAAUUAAAAAUUACAAAAUCACCAGCUUCGAUCGUCUUCCUUGAUCGAGAUCUCUAAUCACUAAUCAGUUACCACAACUCUCUCGUAACAAAAACUGCGAAGGAAAUUCGCAGAGACGAAAUUAAACGACAAUAAACCAACUUACCAUCAAUUCUCUCAGUUUCUCUUCGUUUCAUCUCACCCGCGGUGAAUUUCCGGUACGAUACUGCAAUCUCACUUCGAUCUCAGAGUUUCUGAAGGAUGUCGGGGCAAAGCCAGAGGUUGAAUGUAGUUCCUACAGUCACUAUGCUUGCUGUCAUGAAAGCUCGCCUUGUUGGUGCCACAAGGGGUCAUGCCCUUCUGAAGAAGAAAAGUGAUGCUUUAACUGUGCAGUUCCGUCAAAUUCUCAAAAAGAUCGUCACUGCAAAAGAAUCAAUGGGAGAUAUAAUGAAGUCGUCUGCGUUUGCUCUCACUGAAGCGAAAUAUGUUGCGGGGGAGAAUGUUAAGCAUGUUGUCCUUGAGAAUGUCCAAAGUGCAUCUCUUAAAGUUCGAUCUCGGCAAGAAAAUGUUGCUGGUGUGAAGCUGCCUAAGUUUGAGUAUUUCACUGAAGGUGAGACCAAGAAUGACCUCACUGGGUUGGCCAGGGGCGGCCAACAGGUUCAGGCGUGUCGUGCUGCUUAUAUAAAAUCAAUUGAAGUUCUUGUUGAGCUUGCAUCGCUUCAGACAUCAUUCUUAACACUGGAUGAGGCAAUCAAGACGACAAAUCGUAGGGUUAAUGCACUGGAGAAUGUUGUGAAGCCUAGAAUCGAGAAUACAAUAAAUUAUAUUAAAGGAGAGUUAGAUGAACUUGAAAGAGAGGAUUUCUUCAGGUUAAAGAAGGUACAGGGCUACAAGAAGAGAGAAAUUGAGAGACAGCUUGCAGCUGCAAAGCAAUUUGCUGAGGAGCAGUUUGCAGAGAAAGUUUCUUUGCAGAAAGGGAUUUCGUUAAAGUCAGCUCAUAAUUUGUUGUCAGUAGCAGAGAAGGACGAGGACAUAAUUUUCUGAUGCAGAUGUUCAUGUAUAUGUUCUUGCUGCCUGUUCUGCUUUCCUGUGUACUGGAAGAUUUUGUAAUAUUAUCCAGGAAGUAAACUUCAAACAUGUUCCUAUUUAUUGUGUUUUUAUUAUCGAAUUCUCUUCAUUGUAACAAAUGAAAAAAAUAUUUGUCAUCAGUCUUCAGUUUGUUUACUUCAGCA